AUGGCGGUAUCUUAUAGGGUACAGUUGUACGUUGGCUAUAUGUCCGUAUUUCCUGUGUCUUCUUGGGUAACAGAGGUAGAAAAAGAGUCCUCCCCGCCUCCCCCAAGUUCAGAAUUCCAGGAUCGUCCCCUGAACCUGCUUCAUCUGAGCAGUGAAAUUGCAACUACCCUGGAAAACCAAAACCACAAGGUCCGGUAUUCCAAAUCAGUGGAAAAUGGAGCAAUUAUAUUUUCUCUAUCUGGAGUUGCAUUUUUAUUGAUGGAUGCUAAAGAAUGCCUUAUGUCAUCUGAAGAAGUAUUUAUAGCCAAAAUUGUGAAGUUUAUAAACAUUCACCAAAAUAGUUUUUUGGUUCUAUCUGCUGCCCUCCAUGGGCCUGAGGAGUGGAAACUGAUGUUCAGAAUUCAACAAAGAUUUCUGGGCAAUAAUUUAAGAAUACUUCCGGUACACAACACAGUAAACGCUAUCAAUCUUAUGUGCACCAUAGCGAAGACUACCUCCAAACCAUACAUAGGUAGCAUCUGCUACAGAAUGAUAACAGCUAAAGCUUACGUCAUUGAGCAAAGUCCUGUUUGGAAAACACUUCAAAAGAUAACACUGAGUAGUGAUUAA